AUGGGAAGAAAAGCAUGUUGUGAGAAAAUGGGAAUGAAGAAAGGGCCAUGGAGUUCUGAAGAAGAUCGAAUCUUGAUCAAUUAUAUUCGUCUCCAUGGUCAUUCCAAUUGGAGAGCUCUCCCUAAACUCGCCGGGCUAGUUCGAUGUGGUAAAAGUUGCAGGCUUCGUUGGAUUAAUUAUUUGAGACCAGACAUCAAACGUGGCAAUUUCACUUCUCAAGAAGAAGAAACUAUAAUCAACUUACAUCAAAUCUUAGGCAACAGGUUUUUGGUCCUUAUAUUUUUGGGAAGUAGAAACUAA